AUGUCAGUACCAGGAGCCGACUUGCAGGAGCGCAUCGCCGCCGCACGACGCGAGGCCGACGGUCUCAAAGAAAAGAUCCGUGCCAAGAAGGAUCAGAUGGCAGAUACCAGCCUUCGCGCCAUGGCCAACGACAUUGAGCCAUUGCCAAGAAUCGUCAUGAAACCACGAAGAACACUCAAAGGUCAUCUUGCCAAGAUCUACGCCAUGCACUGGGCCAACGACAAGCGUCACCUCGUCUCUGCUUCUCAAGAUGGCAAGCUCAUCGUUUGGGAUGCUUACACCACGAACAAGGUUCACGCCAUUCCACUCCGUUCGUCAUGGGUAAUGACUUGUGCCUAUGCACCUUCGGGUAACUGGGUCGCUUGUGGUGGUCUCGACAAUAUCUGCAGCAUCUACUCUCUUCGCGGUCGCGAUCCCAACAACAUCAAGGUCGGUAGGGAGCUUUCGGCACACACUGGUUACCUCAGUUGCUGUCGCUUCCUCAAUGAUCAGCAGAUUCUCACCUCUUCGGGCGACAUGAGCUGUAUUCUGUGGGACAUUGGUUCGGGUACACGCAUCACCGAGUUCAACGACCACACUGGUGACGUUAUGAGCAUCUCGCUCAGUCCCAACCCCAACGUCUUCGUUUCGGGUGCUUGUGAUGCCAUGGCCAAGGUUUGGGAUAUUCGAUCUGGUAAAGCCGUCCAGACCUUUGCUGGUCACGAGAGCGAUAUCAAUGCUGUUCAGUUCUUCCCUAACGGUGAUGCAUUCGCUACUGGUUCCGACGACGCUUCGUGCCGUCUGUUCGACCUUCGUGCUGAUCGCGAACUCAACACAUACACCCAUGACAACAUUCUCUGCGGUAUCACUUCCGUUGGAUUCUCCGUCUCGGGUCGUAUCUUGUUCGCUGGGUACGACGACUACACUUGCAACGUUUGGGAUACGCUGAAGGGCGAGCGUGUCGGUGUGCUUGCUGCGCACGAGAAUCGUGUUUCCUGUCUGGGUGUAAGCACGGAUGGUAUGGCUCUUUGCACAGGCAGUUGGGAUUCUCGUCUCCUUGUUUGGGCCUAA